UAGUUCCUCCAUUCUAUAAAACACACAAGAAAAAGAAAAAUAUAACCAUCUUGCCUUAAAAUACAAAUCUUCUCAAUGGGAAUCCAAAUGAUGAAGCAAUGCCCUCAAUUUGGUUGUUGUGCUUUGGCAUUUUUCUUGUUUGCCACAUGCAAUAUGGCAUAUUCACCUUGUUCUUAUGAAUCAACGGAUUCAACUUAUAAUAAAAUACCAAGCACAGUAGCUAAAAGUGAAGACUACAAGCUACCCUUAGUGCCUAAAGAAGAAUACAAGAUACCUUCUUUGGCAAAGAAUAACUACUACAAGAAGCCAUUAAUUCCAGGAGAUAACUAUAAGAAGAUGUCUUCAGUCCCAAAGGUACCCUCAGUGCCUAAACAGGAAUACAGGGUGUCUUUUUUACCAAAGAAUGACUACUACAAGAAGCCAUCAGUUCCAAUGUAUAACUACAAGAAGGUCCCAUCUGUUCCACAGGUAUCCUCAAUGCCUAAACAGAAAUAUAAGGUGCCUUCUUUUCCAAAAAAUAACUACUACAAAAAGCCAUCAGUUUCAGACGAUAACUAUGAGAAGGUGUCAUCCAUUUCAAAAGAUAAUGACUACAAGGUACCCUCAAUGCCUAAACAAGAAUACAAGGUGUCUUCUUUGCCAAAGAAUGACUACUACAAGAAGUCAUCAGUACCAGAAAAUAACUACAAAAAAGUGCCAUCGGUUCCACAGAUACCCUUGGUGCCUAAACAAGAAUACAAGGUGCCUUCUUUGUCAAAGAAUGACUACUACAAGAAACCAUCAAUUCCAGAAGAUAACUACAAGAAGGUGUCAACUGCUCCAGAGGUACCCUCAGUUCCUAAACCAGAAUACAAGGUGCCGUCUUUAUCGAAAAAUGACUACUUUAAGAAACCAUUACCUUCUCCAUCACCACCACCUCCAUAUUAUUAAACUUUCAUGUCAAGAUUUUUCAAGGAAGUCCUCCAGCUCAUCGUAUAUAACCCAUUUGGUUCUCGUACUUUUAAGUUGGAAGGCAUAAUAUCAAAAUUUGUAAUUUUUUUUUUAUUUUUUUUCGUUUCUUUCCUACUUCGAGUUACAAUUGUUUUAUCAUUUAUAUUCUAUUUUCAAUGUUUCCAGAGACUUAUUUUAAUUAAAUAUAAGUUCUUUUUAUUGGAAGUUUA